GCUUCCACAAACAUUUUUAUCUCUCACAUCUUUGAACUAAAUUUCUAGCGAUUUCACAAUAGACAACAACUAUUUUCAUAUUUGUCAUUUAAGCACAUCUAAGGUGAUCACAAUCGUCAUCAACCUUCUAUAUAUACCAAGAAUCAUAUCACACCUUAACCCCCAUUUAUUUGCAGAAAAAAAAGAAAAAAUCUCAACUCCAUGGAUGGUGCUUCGAGUUCAUCAGGCAAAGCCAUGCAAGAGAAGGAGGAAGUUAAAUACCGCGGCGUGAGGCGGCGGCCGUGGGGGAAGUUUGCAGCUGAGAUUCGCGACCCGACUCGGCAGGGAGCGCGGCUGUGGCUCGGAACAUUUGACACAGCGGAGGAGGCCGCGAGGGCCUAUGAUAAAUCCGCGUUUAAAUUCAGAGGGCAUCUGGCGAUCUUGAAUUUCCCCAAUGAGUAUUACUCUCAACUUGUUAUUCCGCCUUAUAACCCUAAUUUUACUUUGUCUUCGCGUCGUAAUGACAAGAUUGAACUGGAGUGCUAUGAUGAUAGUUUGUUGGAGGAGCUUCUUGAAUCGUCCGACAAGAAGAAGAAGAAGAACUGAUGAUGAUUGGCGUCAUUGAAUCUACAUCUGUUUUUUUAGCUGGUUAUUACUCUUGUAUGUGAACGACUAGUUCACCAUCGAUCGUGUUAUUUAAGUUCAACGAUAUACUAUAAAUACUAGUACUAUACUGAUGAAGUA